CAUUGCUGAAUGCGACCCAGGGUCAGGGAGUAAUCAGGAAGUAGUGCAGGAGAGCCAAGCGUGCAUAGAAGCAAUUGUUACAAAGCAUCAGCGCAUCGUGUCGGCGGAGAGUCAAUCAGGUCGAGGUGCGAGAGGGAGAGCAAAUGGUCAGAAAGCGGACGUUUGAUUACAGCAGGGUGGCAUUGUUUGACAUGACGGACAGGGAGGUGGAAGCUUGGGGAGACAGCGACUUGUGGCCGGGCGGGCCAAGUGUUUUGACCGACACGACGGUGGCCCAGUUCGGCACCAGGUUCGAGGGCCACCACGGCAUGCAGCCAUGGGUCAGCCUGCCCAACUACAAGGCCUACCAGAGCAAAUACGGCCCCAACUACAAGAUUGGCAAGAACUUCCACGGCAUUGACCUCCACCGCGCCAGAAUCUUCGGCACUACCGCUGCCGGCUUCGGUGCCGUUGCUGGUAUCUUCGCCCUCUUCUUCUUCGCCGACAUCCCCCGUGUGAGAAAGGACAUUAUGCAGAAGAUUCCCAUCCUCGGCGACCACUUCGUCCGUGAGAUCGCCCCCGAGGACAACCCCUUCUAGACGUCUCGCCUAAUCACGAACAUGACGUUUCCUGGAGUUGGCUGCUGUGUACACUAUAUUGCCAUGGGGCUGCAGCAUAAAUUGCAUGUUUUCUAGACCUUUUAUCCACUUCUUCA